AUGGACGAUGGGUCAACCGACGGUAAGAUAACAGUCAACAUUGUUAAGCGCAAAACAGGUGGUGUCGGCUUUUUGGCGGUUAAACGCAAUUUUAGCCCGUAUCUAGCCGUAUCGCACGUUGUAAAAGGUGGCGUAGCUCACGAAACGGGUUUUAUAGAAGCUGGUGACAUUAUUCUUGAAGUGAAUGGAAAAUCUUUGGAAAACGUGCCCUAUCUCACGGCGUUGCAGAUUCUUGACAACAUUCCGACCGGGGAGACAUUGACAUUAAAAAUUUGUGCGCGGGAUGGGUUCCAUGCGCAUUUGGAAACAGCGUUCGACGAGAACGGGGUUGUAAAGACUGUUCGAACUACAAGACCUAAAACGCCGCCCAAUGGUAUAAGCAUGAACGGGAACGUCAAUGGAGAAACUCGUGAGUCGACAUCAGAGGAGUUGCGUUCAAAUGGAAUUUCAGAAAAAGAACGGCACGAAAAAGAACAGCUACAACGCCACGAAGAAUCAUCAACAAAUUGCAAAAAAGUGGAGCAGGAAAUUCCCUACAACGAAAGCAAAGUAUGCAGAGAGUCAAUUGGCGUCCAAACAUGUCCAGUUGCAAAUGGAACAGUGAAGCCGCAGCAGCAAAAAUACGUCAAGCUCCAAAACCUCGUUGACGGCAAUUACACGACCGAUACCCUUCAUCAAAAGGCCAUAAUUGUAAGUUGGAUAGAGAUAUAAUAAAAGUAGCAAAAACUUACCCUUCUCGCCAUUGAAACAGUUCAAAUGAAAAGUAAUAGGUUAAAACUCGCAACUGGUAAGAAACUUAGUCUGGUAUCUUCCAUUUAUAUUGGUAACCUUCCUUUAGUCACAUUCCCAAUACUAUUAAAAGGAAGAUACCAAUACACCAAAAAGCACUCGUCUCUCACCAAUGCCCACGUUUGAAUCACGAAAAAACAUCUUUAGUUGAAAGAGAAAAAAAAGCACGUGUAAAAAAGUGACAUCGCUUUCUGGUUUUUCCCCUAAAUAUUUAAGUUCAAAAUACGGGCGUGACCCUUGACCCCUCGUUAAAAUGGAAAAUUAUGCAACUUCGGCGCUAUGUUCGUAAUAAACGUGGCCUAAGAAAAAAAUAUAUCGAUGCUAUUUUGACUAAUUCUGGGCGUCAUGCAUGCAAAACACAGCCAUUCCAGAUUAAAUUAUUCACAAAGUUGCUUAUAAAUGACAAUUAACUUAAGCUCACAAAGAAUUAUAACCAUUUGCAUGUGUGCAAUAAUUUCACCAUUGAUUUCGUUUCUAAUUAGUUUAACGAACGAGCUGGCCUGGAUAUAAAUUUUGGAAGAUAUCGAGUUUCAAGUUUGCGCUUUCCAAUGCUCAAUGCUCAGCAACAUUGUAGUUAGAGAGUGAAAUUGUAGUCUCCACGCGAUUUACCAUGCUUUGGGUGAACACAAUUUCGACGUUUUUAAGCGUGCAGUUUGUUUAUGUUUUUUUUAAAGCAGUUGUUAGUGGGUGGGAGCGAGAAUAGCCGGUAUGGUGCGCUGGAUUAUUCGUCUUCCGGAAUAACUUAAAAAGGGCAAUACCAAGUAUCUGAGAUAUUGCCCUUUGUACUAAACUAAGGAGCAGCUGAAUCAAAGCAUUCAUCCUGUUCGCAUUUUUGCACAUUUAUCACAAUGCAUUUCAGUGUCGGAUCCAGACCUUGAGAUAAAGGGGGGGCCCUGUCAUCCAGACCCUUAGAUAAGGUGGGGGGGGGGGGCAGGGGGGUCUUUUAAAAAAAUUUUUUGGGCCCUUCGGGCCUCAUUUGGGUCCAAAAAAAAGGGGGGCGGGCCCCCCCCCGGGCUCCCCCACUGCUUUUAUUUUUAAACAAGCGAUUUCCCGUUUUAAUAAAAUAAAACUUGUGGUCUAUUAAAAAUGUUUCGUUCAGUGUGGUAGAGCAUAGUCUGAGAUCUUGCCCCUUGUAUCAAAUUGGCGCGCGACAUAAUUCUAGCUUUCGUUCGGUUCGCCGUUUUGCACGGUGAGCGGGUGGCGUUUCGGGGUGGGAGCGAGAGCUUGAGGUAGGGGGGGGGCCCUGUCAUCCAGCACAGGAGGGGGGGGGGGGGGGGGGGCAGGGUGGUCUCUUAAAAAAAUUUUUUCGGCCCUUCGGGCCUCAGUUUGGUCAAUCCAGACCCUUAGAUAAGGUGGGGGGGGGGGCAGGGUGGUCUCUUAAAAAAAUUUUUUCGGCCCUUCGGGCCUCAGUUUGGUCCAAAAAUAAGGGGGGCGGGCCCCUCCCCUGGAUCCGCCACUGCAUUUAUUCUUAAACAAGCGAUAUUCCGUAUUAGUAAAAUCCAACUAGUGGUCUAUUAUCAAUGCUGCGUUCUGAUUGGUUGAGCUACUACUAGGCUAUAUGUUAUAGCCAACUAGUAGCGAAAAGCGCGAGCUUUUUGGCGGCAAGAAAGGAUUAAAGUCUAGCUUUGACCAGCUAAAAUUUUUUUAUUCUCGAUAUUUUUGACCAACUAGUUGGAUUUUACUAAAACAAUUAUUCCUCUCGCCCUCAUGGUCUCUGAGUCAAUAGCCCAUUCGGCCUUCCGCCUCAAGGGCUAUUGGGUCAGAGCCCAUUACGGCUCAAGGAAUAAUUGUUAAAUAUACGGCUUAUUCAAUAAGAUCAUUUGAAACUUGGCGCUUGGUAAACUGUAUUUGAUAAUUUUUUACCACUUGCUCGCAAAAACCCUAUAGUGUGCCGAUCUCUGUGUAACACUCUAACGUUUCUCUUCAGCCAGUGCAUUGCACCUCGGGUCGUUGUGUAGGUUCCUUGAUGCAGCCCUCCGGUGGAGAGGCCCCAUCUAAGAGGUCUUAUGGUGUGCCAAGGGAACCAGAAGAAGUCAUGAUCCAAGCUAAGGACUUUCUGCAACAGUAUUAUGGAGCUAUGAAACUGUAAGCAUUGUAUGCACCUUCUCUUCUACCCUUUUCUCUAUCAUGCCCCUUUGCUUUUGCUGAAGGUGGUACUUGAUACACUUUACAAAGGGACAGACCGUUGAUCUUUUCGAGACUGAGAGUCAAAUUUAAUUCUCGCGCCAGACAUGGUAUUCUAGCUUUUAACCGUAGGAUUAAGUAAAGAAUUUGUAGUUGAACCAUUCGACUGAUAAAGCAAAGAGAAAGGUGGACAAGCCACAUAUGGCGUCGAGGUCAACUCGGGACUCGGGACCCAGGCCACCUUGAUUAGAGGAGAGUACCCUCACCACUGCACCACCCUUGCUCCCUUGCUCCCUUGCUCCCUUGCUCCCCAACAGGAAAGAGUACAGUAUUGCUUCCUGAGUAGCAGUCAAAUCCCGUAUCCCGAAUCCCGCACGGUAUAUCAGUCUAAUCCCGGGUCCCGAGAAUACCACUAAAUCAAAAGUGAGGGUUCACGUGAUUCUUUCCGAGUCUCAUUUUGUUUUUAAUUCAGUCAGGACAGCCAAGCCCAUCAACAGCGUUUAGCUGAGGUGAUGAAAGAGAUUGAGAGGAAUGGAACCUAUGACCUGACGGAAAAAGAACUGAUCUUCGGCGCAAGAAUGGCUUGGAGAAACGCGUCAAGGUGUAUUGGACGGAUACAGUGGAAUAAGUUACAAGUCAGACUGCUCACUAUUUUGGUGUUAUCAUAAUAAAACAUUUUGGAUGAGGUUUUUAUGACUUUAGUGAUUUCCGGAAUAAUCAAGGUUGAGGUAGGUGUUGCUGAUAACACUUACCGAGACCUUGAUUGUUCUGGGUAUCACAAAAACCUCAUAGAAUAAUUGUAUUACUAGAAAUACGUGUAUCGCAGAACUUCGCGAAGGUUGGGGGAGGCCCGUAAAUUGUCAGGGAUGGGAUGGCAGGAGAGAAAUAGAGUAAGUUGUGUAACUAGUGAGGGCGGGUUUCAACAACGGCUCUAAUAUUGAAAGGCGAUAUAUACUCUUUUUCCUUUUGCUUGGAGUAAUUUCGAACCCAGUGCCCUAGCUUUAAAAAGGACCUGGGAUCUAUGAAGGGUAGUCAUACAUCAGAGGAUCUAUAAAACCUAACUAUUAAGUAGAAUGGUAUUUAAAAUGAUAAAUAUAUUCCUAAACGCGCGCGACAAAAUUGUAAACCUUCGCUACGAGAGGGCCAAAUCUUAUUACAGUACAGUCGAACCCACCAGUAUAAAGCUAGUUUUAAAGAAUCCCGUUAGGCUAAAACUGAAUUUACCAGUCAGACCCCCUAUGUACACGAGCCUUUUUAGCCUAAAAUUUGAAAACAGAUACAUUUUCUAAUGAAUUGCCAAUGAAUUUCAAUCCAUGGUUGAGUUAAAUGCAAGAUUAUAAAGCGCCAUUUAAUUUUAUAUUUGUGUAGAGUGUAAUAACCUGUUAGACCCGCCUGAGUGUAACUAAACAAGGCAACACAGUCAGUAGAUGUUUGUUAUGAUCUGAAGGAGGACUUCAAAAUUCAUGUGAUCACUGCAAUUUUUCUCAUGGUGGUCAUUUGGUAUGCAGAGUUUCUAUGUCGUUCACCUGAUUCGAAUACUUUUUCUAUUGUGUAGCUCUUUGAUGCUCGAGAUGUGAAUACACCUGCAGAAAUGUUUGAGGCGAUUUGUAAGCACAUCAAGUACGGAACAAAUAAAGGGAACAUAAGGUGAUCAUAUUAUGUUAUGUCUUCUCAAAAUGGCUUCUUUAAACUUUGUUGCUAUGUGUUCUCUCUCUCGUAUUGUCUUUGUCUUAGACAAAAUACAGUCGAACCUGCACAAACGGUUUCGACUGUACAUUUGGUAUGAACGGUCCGCCAAGUUAACUUCUAAAUAGGAAUAGUUGUUACUCGUCUUGUUGUUACUCGUUGCUACCUUAUAUUCUUUGUUACAACAGUUACAUAACUGAUCUUUAACUUUUUAUUGUCGCAGGUCCACCAUAACUGUGUUCCCACAAAGAAAAACUGCACAUGAGGACUUCCGUGUGUGGAAUACUCAGCUGAUUCAGUAUGCUGGCUACAAACAGCCGGACGGCUCUUGCAUCGGAGAUCCCGCUAACAUUGAGUUCACUCAGGUAAUAAAUGAAACUGCUAACCUUGUCUUUACAACUUGAAGGUUUUUUGCCACACCCCACAACUGGUAUUGUAGUUUACCUUCCUCUAGGGUCCAAUUUCGAAAAGUUCUUCACGGCAGUGUUUCCUUUUGCUUUUAUGAGUUUCAGAAGUCCUUUUUUUCUGCUAAAAAUUAUGUCUUGAACAGGGCACGGCAUCUUUUUCGUCGUUAAGCUUUGUUGAAUAAAGAAUUUUGAGGGCUUUUCAGCCUUCAAGCUAGUUUCCAUUUUUGGUUUUGUCGUUAUUCUUCUCUACUUUGUUGCUGGACUUUUUAUCUGUAGCGUUUAAACUUGAGAUCAUCGGAACAUGGCAAGUUUCAACGGAAGUUUGUUCUUGACAUCCUGUCUGACUAAAACGGACUUGUUCUGUUAAAAAUCGUGCGCGUUUUAACGCUACUGCGCAUGCCAAAAUGCGUUUGUACGAUAUCCUUGCUCUAUCACCUUUGGCCAAAUUCCAAAAAUUGCGCACCUGUUAGUGUGGUCUCUGCAUUACAAUUAUUUCAUCGUAACGUAGUUGUUUGUAAGCGCUGGUACUCUAUGUACUACCAGCCUCUGUUGGCUGUAAACACUGAGGCUGUUCUCAUUAGUUUAAACUUAAUCUGUGUAGCUGUUUUAGUUUUGUCAUGUUUAUGUAUUUAUCUUCAGAUUUGUGAAAAGCUCGGUUGGGAAGGCAAAGGUGGCCGUUUUGACGUUUUACCGUUAGUUCUUCAAGCUCAUGGAGGAGAUCCUGAAUUUUUUGAAAUUCCUCCUGAAAUAAUACUUGAAGUGGAAAUCAAACAUCCAAAGUAAGAGCCAAAAGUAAAAUACUGGCAUAUGUUAUCUUUUUAGUCUUGUUCUGCCUAGAUUAGCAUUAUAGCUAUUUGCAGGACAUAAAGUAUUGUAACUUGAUAUUUCUUUAAGUAUCUUUAAGUAAAUACAUUGUUGUUGUUGUUAGAGAAUUAUAAAAGUCCAUCGGCUGUUACUGGAAAUUUUGUCCCGGUAAGUUUCCAAGAACUAAACUAACGUACUCCUCCAAUCCGUACAAAAAAUAAACAUGUUUGUCAGUGCAGAUGACCGUCGUUCAACCUGCAUUUGAUAUCUAGACUAAGAGCGGAAACGUUUUUUUCCUUUUUGAUCCUCUGUUGGUAAAACGUGUCAUCAGAUUCUAUUAUGUUACUACUUUUAACCUUUAUUGGAAAUUGGUUGGAGUUGCGUUUAGAGAUUUUGCACUCGUCUUAACCAAUUCAUCAUUCGAUUGAUCGAUCGACUCACCGACUGACGGAUGGAUGGAUGGAUGGACCGACGGACGGACUGACGGAUGGACUGAGCCUUUGUGACUGAAUAAAUUUAUGACUCAAACUGACUUAUUGAGAGAUUCGUUGAUAGGUUUCUCUCUUCCUGUUGUUUUCUCAUAAGGUUUCCAUGGUUCGAAGAACUGGGUUUGAAGUGGUACGCAUUACCGGCAGUGUCAUGUCUAUGUCUGGAUGUUGGAGGAGUAGAAAUGCCUGCCUGUCCGUUCAAUGGAUGGUAAGUUCCCUGACUGGUGACCUCACCGGAUACUAGAGACGUUAAGAUUCACCGUGUACGGGUACGGGUAAAUUACCCGUGCGCGUAGCUGUAAAUAAUUGCCCUUACACCGGAGAAACAGGUAGACUACUGGGUAGAACGGUAACACCAUUAUCAUAUCUGGGAAAUCAUUGCUGCCAUUUAUACAACUACGUGGCGAACAUGGUCGCCUACCCGUAGCCGUAGGCAGAAACGGUGCAUCUUAAGGUCACUACUGCCUCCAGUUAUUAACCGGACAUUUCCCUAUGUCAUUUCCCGUUUGAGACAUGUCUCUCAAUGCUGACCGCGCGUAAGGCAAUUGGUGCCUGAUGACGUUACUCUAGGAAUUGCCUGAAGCGACGCGCAUUUGGGUCAAAUUACCGUCAAAACUUGAUUUCAAAGAAUGAUCAUUAUGCUCAAGUUAAAUACCUAAGCUUAGCAUCGGGCUUUUCCUGAGGAGAAGUCUACACACCUGAUCCCUGAGCGCACGAUCAACUUUAUAACACUUGAGAACUCUCAACUUUCUUUUUCCUUUCUUUUUUGUUUUGUUUGUGAUUUUCUUUAUGCUGAACUGAGCUUAUAAGUCUUUUUCUGCUCAGGUACAUGGUGACAGAAAUUGGUGCACGCGACUUUGCAGAUCCCAUGCGAUACAAUAUGUUAGAGGUGGGUUACCGUUGUGAGCAUACUAGUUAGGUAAGUAGUAGGUCUAUUCCUUAGUGUUAAACCCUCCUUACUUGUCCUCAAUCGUCUCUAUUUAAAUCGCACGCGGAGGGAGGAACGCGAAACACGUAAGCGCGUGAUCGAAUGGCACGUGGAAGGUGAUGGGAAGAGAAAAUUUCCUCCUUCCUGUCACCCAUCGCGCUCCCCUUGACUAGCUUCUCUCGUUAAUAUUCAUAGGAGUCUGAGAGAUGACUGGAGACGAGUCACCUAUCUCUCCUUAAGGCGUAACCAGUGUUGUCAUUUGUUUUCCUUUUUUCUUUCGUAGCCUGUAGCAAAACGAAUGGGACUUGAGACGAAGAGCUUUUCUUCUCUCUGGAAGGACAAGGCCUUGGUGGAAAUUAAUCUUGCAGUGUUGUACAGUUUCCAGGUUUGUCUUCCCUUUCCAAGGAUAUCUUUGGUGUUACACAUACCACUAAGGAAUUACUUCUUAUAAAUAAAAUUUACUGAAUAUAUUAAUAUAGUUUCAUAGUCAUAAGUUCGACCCUGAGCUCGCUUGUGAACCAAUGUAUCCCCAAAAAUAUCAGUAUAAGAGCCUUAGAAACUACCCACCUACCCCUCUUCAAAACCAACAUCAAAACUAACUUCUUACUCAGGACAAAAUGUUGGGCUGAGAGAGGAGUAGAUAGCCAGCUUCCCAGAAUCUUAGAAUGAUCAACAAAAGUAAACCGUUUGGAAGCUUACGGGCCUGCAAGAAACCCUACCCAAAAUAAAUUGUCAACAAGGUGGCACUCUUAGCACAUAAAACUAACUGAAGAUAUUAUUAUGAUUUCGAACUUAAGAAUUUCCACGUUUCGUCAGCUUAUAUUUUUCGCUCACAGAAAUCUCAGUCUAGUAGUCUUGCAUAUCUAGAGCAAGUGCCGGGGUUGCCCUCAUUUUUGAGGGUAAGGUCGAAAUUCUGUUUUUUGCCCUUUAAAAAUUAGGGAAGUAAUGCAAGGACGUUUUUGAGCGACGCGCGUCAACCGAAAUUGGCCCUUUUGCAUUACUGGGCAGCAAUUUUUCCCAGAUUUUCUGGCAAUUCGCCUCAGUAAGAGUAACGAUGCUUAGCAAGACACGUUUGGUAGUGUCAAGGUACCGUAUAUUAAAACGGAAAAGGCCUCACUUCCUGUUGACGUGCGUCGUCCAGAAUUCUUUCACCAACCUCGUUCCCAGGGUCCACUCCUACUCGUCCCCAGAAGCGAGAGAGGGGACGAACGAGAGAGGACCCUGAGAAGGAGGUUGCUCUUUCAAUCACAGAAGUUUUUUUAAUUGUUUAAUAACUGAAAUUUGGUAGUUUCUGGAAAUCUGGUACAGCAUUGAAAAUUGUAAUAUGUGCUCCUUUACUGUUAUCUUUUAGAAAGCUGGAGUGACCAUCACUGAUCAUCACAGCGCCUCGGAGUCUUUCCUGAAGCAUUUUGCGAAUGAGGUUUGUUGCCUGUAUGCUUACAUUUUACUACAACUUACUGCCGCUUUAUGGACCUUUAAUCAGCGACUGUAUGAUGUAUUUUCUUGGUGCUCUUUCAAUCUGGCACUAGAAGGCCCUAGAGGUGUAGCUGUUCUUCUCACGUAACCAUGAUCGCAGUGUUCAUAUUUAACACGGUAGAUCACUUCGCAUCGCUAUAGGGUUAGGGUCAUAUCUUUCACGUGCGGUUGUAAAACGGCUUGUAAUAGUAAAAGAUUCACUCUAUGUUGUUUGAAAUAAUUUAUGUGCAAUAAACACUAAAUGAUAUUGUUAUAUAGCUGGAAAUUGUUUCCCAACAGCGCACGCUCUUAUUGGUUACUCAUUAACUUCGAGGUCAGAUGACAUCUAACAAUGAAACUGUUUCCCGCCAAAAUCUCGCAACUCUCGCCAGCGGGCAACGCUGCAAAAUCUAUGACGUGAGAGGGUAACUCCACUGUUAACAAAGACGACCGAGGUUUAGUUAAUUUCCAGCUUCAAAAUUUUCAGCUAUUUAACAAAUCACUUAAAGACUGGUCCUUUGGGAAACAGUUAAUUUUGUUUCCAUCGAACCUUAAUGUUUCCCUCGACUCCGCCUCGGGAUACAUUGAGAAAGUCGGGAAACAAAAUCAACUGUUUCCCUGGGGACCGGUCAUUAAGUAUUUAAUGUUUGCCUGGAUAGAUGAAAUUCCGCGGGGGCUGUCCUGGAGACUGGGUGUGGAUUGUACCUCCUAUGUCAGGCAGCGCCACUUCUGUUUUUCAUCAGGUUAGUCUAUAAAGUGAUCUUUGACAAUUUUUGGAAUAUGGUAAAAUUCCGAAAAUAAACAUCUCCAAAUAUAAGCCCUCCCUCCCCCCCAAAAAAAAUCGGAACUCAAAAAAUCCUCCGUUAAAUCGCCCCUCCGAAUAUAAGCCCCCGGGGGCUUAUACUUGCAAAUUGCCCUAAAAUACAAAAUGAAACAAGGCAAAAACGGUACAGUAACACUUUUUUUUUUUAAACUGAGUAUUGCAUUUUCACUAAAGUAAUUUGCGGUUGCUUUUUUGGUAAGAUUCAUUUUUUCGAGGGAACAGGGUACCAUCCCUUAUUAUUGACGUUACCUUACCUGUGAGCUGAGUAUUGCGUUUUCAAUUAUUAAAGGACUGAAUUUGCGGUUGAGUUUUAUGUUUGCAUGGCUGAUUUUAGAAAGAUCUACCUCCUCAAGGCGAAUUUCAGUGAAAACUUCGGGUAAAUUACUGACAUAAAUUUAUUUUGAGACAAAAAUUUCCCUCCAAGUAUAAGCCUAGCCGAUUUUGUAACGCAAAUGUCCCUCCGAUAUAAGCCCCUCCAAAAGGGCCUUUGAAAACUAUAAGCCCCGGGGCUUAUUUUCGGAAUUAAGGUAUGUUGUCAUUAGACAAUUCUUUUAUGUUUUCAGUAGAUUGGCUUAGUUUGCGAAAUCUUCAGGGGCGGAUCUAGGGGGAGGGUGCAGGGGGUAGGCACCCCCCCCCCCUGAGAUGACCUGCGGUUUUCUAAUACAACUGGUAUUCUGCAAAAAAAUAUAUAUAUAAGUGGUUUAUUGGUGUUGAAGUAGAGCAAGAGACGAGCGCACCCCCUCCUAAAAAAAAUCCUGGAUCCGCCCCUGAUCUUCUUUAAACGCUUUCGUUUGUCUUUAAGACUGAACAUCAAGAAAGAAGGAUUACACAAUUCUCAUAUACUCAGGGCUCAAAAUAACGGCCGGUCAACGGACAAUGUCCGGCCUGAUCGUGGGCUUGACCGGUCAAACUUUGGUCUUGCCGGUCAUUUUUGGAUGCAAGCAUUUUGUAAUAUUUUCCAUAUAGUUGUCGCCUAAUGCGUUUUGCUCUAUAACGCUAAAAUGAUUUCUUUUUUCUUUGGCUUUUUUUGCUGCUUUGCACUAAAAAAAAAGAAAAAGAACGCCGUAAUAAAUUUCAUGUCGUAGUGAAACGCAACAAAGCGAAACAACAACAAACUGAGUUGUGGAGUAACGCAACGAUGCAGCAGGUCGGUACUGUGCGUUCUGCCUUGCUGUGAUCAGUAAUGUGACCUUCAUUGGGAAAACAUACACAAACGAUAAUCCGUUAUUUGUUAGAAAACUAAAGGAUAGCUAACAGUUUUUGUCCAUCAAACGUUUCACAUUUACUUGUAAGAGGAUUGUGAAAAUCACCUUCGACGGAAUUCGGGCUAAUCGAUCGCUCGUCCUGUACUGUUUCUCCGGGAAUAAAUUUCAGUGCAUCGAUUAAUAAUUAUAGUAAUUUCUUUAUGUCGAACAUGAAUCUUGUUUGCAGACCCGAUUCCAGAAUUGUCUGAUAAAAACUAUAAAGCUAAUCGAGAACGAACGUCGCCUAUCUUGGCGCUUAAAAUCCUCCUUCUUGGAAACAGCUUUAUCCAAAUUUCUGUUGACGUUAAUAAGCCCCUCGCGAUAAAGUGUUGCGCGACGACCCAAACGAAAGCUCUGCUGUAUAUUUAUUGACUUUUGAUGUCAAAUACGCUGUUUGCGGAACAAAUUUCUCGCCAAGUCAACUUCUUUGCCGGAAAUAUUUAGUGACGUUUCUUCUUUGUGGAGGAGACUUUCGAUCACGUGCCGGGCAACGAAAAGGAUCAAGUUUCACCGAUAUGCAAAUUUAGGACGAACCUUGGAGACUUCAGGCACUGUCGUACAAUGAUACUCAAGGUAUAUAAACGGACAUGAAAACAGGUGAAAUCACGGAAAGGAACUCAACAACAUGUGAAUGAAUUUUUUACCAACUUGCCGCCAAAAACCUUAACAUCAAGGCAGUACAACGAUCUAUUGCCAGUGUAAUUCGAUAUUCCAUAGGUCAAAAAAAAAAUUUAUUUAUUUGACCGGCCAAAAUCGGGGUUUGUCCGGGCUAAAAAAUAUUUGGCCGGUCAUCAUGACCGGCGACCCGCUGUCCGUUAUUUUGAGCCUUGUAUAAUACUCGAAAAGAACUGCAUGCUUUUCACGUAACGUUGGAAGUUAGUAAAAACAAGGGAGCCGCAUGAUUUAAUAACGAAUGAUGCUGGUUUUGUUUGUUCCUCGCAGGAAAUGCUGAAUUACUCUUUAAAGCCUAGUUAUGAAUAUCAGGUACGUGUUUUUGGUACUGGUGUUGUUACAAGGACGACGGAACUACUUGUGCACCGUUACUGUGAUUGCAUAGCUCACUUGUGGUUGCUGGAUCGCAAGCAAUUACCUCCGACUUUGAAUUUUAUGUUACCGGCAAACCUCUUUCGUUGGUUUCAAAUUGUAAAUGUGAUAUUCAUGGGUAGUAACAUUCACUGUUGUUUAUUAAAGUGGAUUGCCUGUUUCAGGCUUUCAUAUGGUGACGAGCGAACUAGAUGAUGAGCGCAAAAGAAAAAAGGAAAACGCGGGGAGACUGGGGGAUCGCCCUAGUUUCCCCUCGUUUUUUCCCCUCUUCAAAUUUUCGCCUGCGCUGCACUGGAACAAGCUAUACAGUUAACCGCCAGUACACUAGAGGUGUCCACUGGCUAUCUGGAUUUUUCUGUUUAGUUAGUUAGUUUGUUUGUUUGUUUGUUUUAAUGCAUUAUUUUGCUUUUGUAGGAUAGUGCAUGGAAUCAUUAUUCAUUUGAGAAACACCAAACAUCUCCGAAAAAGAAAGCUUCUUUUAAAGAAGUUGCAAAGUGAGAGUUUUAUUUUCUUUAUUAUCAUUUUACUUUUGGAAAGAAAAUAUCGGUUGCCGUGUGCUCAGUACUAUACACCUGAAAAAUCGGACGUCACUGCUUCCAGUUGCAGCUAUUUAAUAGGGUAUGAAAACAUGGGGAUCAAGAAUCGAUAGUCAGUAACAAGAGAAAAUGAGCUAAGCGUGUCGCGUUCACGUGUAAGUAGAUCGCGCGGGUCACGGAAAUAGCAGACAAUAAUAACCCUCGCCCCACGCACGCGAACUUUAAAUAGAUUUCAAAUAAUUAUCAUGGGGCACGGGAAUUCGCUCUCUUAGGUCAUUCUCUCUUCUUUCUCGCUUGUCAGUUAAUAUGAUGUUAUUAUUGGAUUGCCUCGAGGCGGGUAUUGGAGGAGUUAAUAGUGGCAAUGAUAAUAGAUCAGGUUAAUAAUAUUGUUCCCACCAAACAUUUAUUUAAAAAAAAAAACACCUUUACAGGGAAGGCUAUAAAAUCGUCAUGCGUGUUUGUUCUCUUAGAUAACUUUCUCUCGUUUAGUUUUAAAGAAAUAUGAAAAUAAUCUUUGGUGCUGCUUUCUUUGUUAGCUUUUGCUGGGGAAAUGUACCCAGUUUUGCCUUUUCAGUGGCAGCGAUAAAGACCUCUUUUUCCUUUCCAACAAAGGCAAGAGCGUUUUUAUAUACUAAUGAUUUUAAGUGUUGUUUUGUCUCUAUGUAUAGGGCAGUUAAAUUCUCCGCGAAGCUGAUGACCAAAGCAAUGGCCAAGAGACAGAAAGCUGUUAUCCUUUACGCGACAGAAACUGGCAAAUCCGAGCGCUACGCUAAGAUGCUUGGAGAGCUCUUCUCACACGCUUUUGAUCCAAAGGUAAGAAGCCAUCAAUGAAUCUAUCGCCAAUUUUCACUUCCAAAAGCUCCCAUUCUUUAAAUGAAAGAAAAAGAUAUUUUAAAAAAUUCCCGCUCAAACAAAGGCUAUGAUUUAAUUGUACAGAGUUUGAUGAGCGAUAUUCUAAACCACGAUCACUUCUUCCUCAUGCAGUUAUUUUCACUAUGGCCAAUCGCAGUCCUUGUAUCUAAACGUGGUUUAUUAUAAUCAAUGCCAAGAAGGAUAGCACCGAAUACGACCUGUUUCCUCUCCCCCACGCCUUGUCCUCUAAAAUCUUCUCUCCCCUGACCUCCAAAAGGCCUGAUACUCGGGCUUUUAAAAGCUCGGCCCAAAGAAUUUCUUGACAACGAAGUUCUUAUUAGUAGCUUUUAUUUGGUUGGGGGCUGCCGCAGGAUUUUACCCUUGGACUCCGUAAUAGGCCAUUUGCACUAGGGCGUCAUUUUACUACUACGACCAGAGUCCUUUUCGUUUUUUCUUUCAUUUUUAAAUUUGGUAAUCCCAGAGAGGUUUAAAUAACAAAAGACUUAAUUUGCACAAGAAAGCAAAACCCUGAAGGAUUCUGGUCGUAGUAGUAAAAUAUGUCAUCAUGCAAAUGGCCAAUUAUAGCGUGUUCCAUGCGUUUAGAUUGUGGAAACGGUGUAAAGAGAUGUGAACGUUUCCUCCUCUCUCCCUCUCCCUCUUUUCCUUUUUUUAAUACCUCUCUCUGACUUCGCGCCGCACUCCAUUCUCUAAACCCCUGGAAAAGGCUAAGUAGUUAAUAUGCACUAAGUAAUAUGCACAAAAUGGCUUCUUACAAAUAUGUCGCAAAUAGGUAAAUACUGAGGAGUAAAUAUAUGGCAUAGAUUGUAAAUGCCACAUUUUCAUACGGCCAAAAAACGGGGGUUGUAAAUAACUAGGCAAAUGUGGCAAAAUGUGGAGCAAAUUUGUGCAAAUCCAUUUUAUCGUCCCGUGAUUGCAGGGUAGUAAGCUUACUCUUCAGGUGUCGCGCGCCUAGUGCAUGAAAGGACGAAUUACUUUUAGACGUUAUUUAAAGUCAUAAACAUAACUAAACUAUAGUUCACAAACGUUGUUUAAGGUUUGUAGGUCUAGUUCUUGUAGUGAACUAAUUAUAUGAUUGAUUGCCGCUAGGUUAUCUGCAUGCAGGACUACACGUAUCCAGACAUGGAAAAUGAACAGCUUGUUCUUAUUGUGACAAGUACCUUUGGUAACGGAGAUCCUCCUGAAAACGGAGAGGUGACUCAGUACUAGUCAAUUAUGAACAUCCUUCCCCUCCCACUCUUCCCUCUUCCCUCACUGGACAGUAGAAUUCCGUCCUUUAGUAUUUUUUCUUUACUACUGACGCCCGUCGAACCGGAGUCGUUAAAAUUCUCUCGAAAAAUACAAUGUUGAAAAUAACCCCUACGAGUUUUAGAUAUCUCUUUUGCGUUUAUCUGAUCGUGAAUUCUCCUGUCCAUGUGGUUGGCCUUACUCAGGAUAGCCUUAAGGAACUUGGGUCAUUUUCUCAUUUGUCCAUUGCAGCUAUUUCCCUUUUUCUGAGAGUGACUAUUCGUAAAGGGAAAUUAAGCUUUACCUGUAUGUAACACACCGGCAAAGAGAGAAAGUCGCGUAUUUUUCAUGAAGCUUUUUCUCGAUUUUAGCGCACUCGAGAAAGACUCUGCAUGAAUCAACUAAGAUCGCUGCUUCUUGAUGGGAUACAGUUUCGAACCCAGACCUAAUAGCCGCGCGCUUGGUACUGCGGGCUCAGUUAUAACCAUCGGAUUAUCAAUAAAAAAGGAUGCUCAUACUAGGAAAACCAGUCUAACCAAUCUCGUUCUCAGAGUCCGCGUUACCCUUGUCCAGCGAAACGGUCCCCGUUGCCUGUUUCGCUGGACAAGGGUAACGCGGACUCUGGGAACGAGAUUGCAGUCUGACGACAGAGAGCAAGAUUGACCAGUCCAGAAGCUCGAGCCUCGGCGACUUCAAAGGUUUAACGCGAUUCAGGAGGGUCUGUUCGCAGGUUGCGUGUUACCAUGUCUCUGCGCCUUUUUUCUCCUUAGGGAUUUGCUCGGUACCUGUACGAACUCCGGCACCCACCGGAAGGGUACGUUUCGUUCUUACUUUACUUUUUUGUGUGUUAAAGCCCAUAAAAUGCAAACUAUAAUUAGUUCCUACUACUUGAGUAACCCUUUCUUUCUUUCUUUCUUUUCUUUUCUUUUUUUUUUGCGUGUCAAGCUAUUCACUCUAUCCUUGAAAACGUUUUGAUUUGGUAAAUAAAUGAUUAUAUGGUUAGCUGUUAUCAUUGUAGUCACCCUCUCUCUAACCAGGGCAUUCCACCAACCUUGUCCCUUCUAUCGACCGUGUCUCCACUAGUCUGCACUGCUUUUCACGAGAAAGAAAGGUAAAAAACUUAAAAGCGCAUACAAAACGGAGUGCUAACACAGCUGUUCACGAAUAUCUUCGUAAAUUAUAACGUUCUAUUGGUUUCAGAAGUCGAUCAGCACGUAACAAGCUAACACAACUGGGUAGCCUGUUGGUUCAAAAGGAGAAAGAAAGGCACAUUGAGAUUAAGAAUGACAGCCAACCUCUGGCUAAUCUUAGGUAAUAUUACAUGCUUUGAUGCUAUAAAAUUCCUUACAACUAAAUGACCUUGAUGUUUUACUCAUGUUGCGCUGUUAAGGUGGAUUUCCCUUGUCGCGUAAUUCUUACGUACGUGCGCACGUUAAUCUUACGCGCUUAAAUAAAAUAGAGGCAAUGUAUAAAGAGUCGCUGAGUGAGGUUCAACUUUUACGUUCACACCGGACCUUUCAUACAUUGCCUCUUUUUUUAUUUAUUCUCCUAAAAAUUACGCCACAGUGGAAAUCCAUCCUUAUACUUUUUAAUUCUUUCAGUCUGUAAUUUAACUUUAUCUGUUAAACUUGCACCUUUAAAAGCUCUUUGUUUCUUGUCUUUUACCCUUUCAUUCAAAGUUAAAGAAUUUAAUUCAUUAAAUUUGGAGAUCCUUUAAUUGGUACCCAUGUUAUUCUCCAUUGUAUCAGUGAUAGAAAUAUGCGCUAUUGACUAAGCGUUAGGUCGAGAUGGCUAAAUAGUGGCCAAGUUCGUCGAGGUCAAUAAAAACGCAAAAAAAGAAAAUGCCAAUAUUUAUCCAUGUUGACCAAACAAACUUGGUAACGAAAGAAUUCAUUCAUAUUGCCAAGAGAUCAUUUUUCUUGGGGUACCAAAGCGGGAAAUCCCGAUCGGACAAGGUAAGCCCAUCUUGGCUGCUCGGGUGUCCAAUCAGAACACAGGAUUCGCUUCGUCUAUACCGCUCGUAGAACCAGCCACAUAAUAAGGGCUUUUCUAUUAGUUGACUGAACGAAUAAGUGUUUUCCAAAAGAAUAGUACCUCUUAUUGCUUUAGAUUACGGACGAAGUAUGAACCACAGACCUUGUAUUCUCACUAAACUGUGUAACUCUCCGAAUUUUAGAUAUUCUGUGUUCGGCCUUGGUUCCAAAGCUUACCCAAACUUCUGUGCGUUCGCUCGCUCCCUCGACAAGAUCAUCCGGGAACUUGGCGGCGAACCAGUGUUGAGAAUGGGGGAAGGAGACGAGCUUUGUGGUCAAGAGGAGUCGUUUAAAGUGUGGGCUAAGGACGUGUUUCAGGUAGUCAUCUCUGAAUUUCACCGGUAUCUGGGGGAAAGGAAUUAAAGUUUCAAAAUCUUGCGUUUAUAUAAGCCUGUACCGCACCCCUAGUCAGCCAAUGAGCGGGCAGAAUAGGCCAUUUGCACGAUGGCGUCAUUCUUCUACCAGGACCAGAAUCCUUUUUGUUUUACCUUACAUAUUUAAAUUUGGUAAUCCAAGCGGGGUAUAAAUAACAAAAGCCCUAAUUUGCGCGAGAAACCGAUAGUAAUAUGAGGUCAUCGUACAAAUGGCCUAUCUUUUGCAGUGUGCGAAGUUUGAAUAUUAUGAAUUAAAUAGUCUGCAAAACAGCCGCAUUUAUUUUUUUGCAUCGGUGAGGAAUUUUCCAAGUCAUCAAACGAAAUGUCUGGAGCGAGCGGAGACUAAAGAGAAAGGCUAAAAUACAGGGCUUUUUUCUCUCGCCUCACUCAACGUACGGGCGUGCGACGCUCGCUGGCUCUUUCCCAGGAGACGAUCCACUCUUGAAGCUACUUGCCUUAGCACUUAGCAACCAGGAAAUAAACUGACCGUUUGACACUCUAAUUUUAAAUAGAAUUGUUGGUUAUUUUUUCCGUGUCCUAGGCCGCUUGUGAUUCAUUCUAUAUCAGUCAGGAUGAAAUCUCCAAGGAGGUGUCAAGUUCACUAGAUAGUGUAUCAAGUGGCUGGAUACCAGGCCGUUUUCGGCUUACUGUAAGCUCUUUAGCAGAUAAUGAAGGAAAUCGACUAGAUCAAGGUAUUAAUUGUACAAGAUUUGUCUCAAGUUAUUAGACCGAGCUUAACCAAAGUUUAUUAAGGAGAGAUCCACCGUUUUUUUUUUUUUUUUAAGUUUUGAUAAAAACCAGUAAGUGAAUAUCCAUCUACACUGCUUGAUAGAGUCAUCAAGAAAUUUACCAAAGUCGCGAAAUUUGACAUACGUUUGUAUGGCUGAAGGCUCGAACUUGCCACCCACCAUACAAGCGUCUGUAAAAUUCCGCGACUUUGUAGGGUUAUGCCUCCUCGAAGGGUCUAUGGGGCAAUAUACCGUGGUCAACCUUUCUUAUAGGCGUUUGACCUCUACAGAAAUACAUCCUUUUCUGUGUUACUUUGAAUAUUAGGUGCGUAAUGAGUCAACCAAAAUAAGUUUUAGUUAAAAUUUGUUAGCUUUUUCCGUGUGCUUUGUAGGUUUGUCACACAUUUGUGGGAAACCAGUGAGGCGUGCGACUUUAUUAUCGGUGAAAAACUUGCAGUCCUCCGAUUCAAGGUCAGUUAAAGUAAAUAUUCAGUAAUAAGCCAUUAAUGUAAAUAACCAUUAAAAGUCACACCAUUAGAUGCUGGUGAAUAUAAACGGUGUUUUUGUAGUCGAAGAUUUCUGAACUCGUUGUGCAAUAAUAAUUGUACAAUACACUAUUCAUUUCAAGGCACUUACGCAGUCAUUUUAACACCUGUCUUUCCUUCAAAAUUGAAGAAAAUGUUGUGAGGGAGUUUCGUAGACAUGCCAUGGCAACCCUCUGUUCUUUUCUUCAUUUUAGUCGUUCUACUAUCUUAGUCCGGCUCAAGAAAGAGAAGAACAGUGAGCUGCAAUACAAACCUGGUGAUCACUUGGCCAUUUUUCCCGCUAAUCGCCCUGAAUUGGUGCAAGGUUUGAUUGACAGACUGUCUGGUGACGUCGAUCCAGAUUUACCAGUUGCUGUCGAGGUCUUGCGUGAAAUCAAAGGUAAGUUGCAGGUCACAAGUCUGAGCUCCCUUUUAGUAUGAUCAUGAUCAUUAUCAUGGUCAUCAACGUGAAUACAGUCGACUGAUCUCCAAUAACGGCCACCUCUCUAAAAUGGUCACUUUUUUCUGUCCCCAAGGUGGCCGUUGUAGAGGUUCAACUGUAUUUUUAUUGUCAUUAUAGUUAUUGUCUUUUUCAACAUUUUUUUUAUCAUAAUCAGUGAUAUUCUAGUCUACUACACAGCCAUUCUCAUUUGAGUCGUCUCUCAACGCUCCUCCUUCAUCGUGAUCAAAAUCGUGGUCUUUAUUAUCGUCUCCAUUAAAAUUACCGCUUUUAUCGUCGGCGUUAUCAUCAUCAUAAUCAUUAUAAUCAUCAUAUUCUUAAUUAGUAUUACAGUCAUUGUCGUUUUCAUGAUCGCUAUCUUUAUCAUAGUCAUAUCAUCAUCAUCGUCAAAACCUCUAUUUAGACACGCUUGUGGGUCGUGUUAUGUACAAGACAAGAGUUAAAUUUCAAGAUAGGAUUUAAAAUUAUACAGAUUACAGCGUUAAAAGAAAGUUGUGUCCGAUAGCCCGGGGCUAGUGGAUUUUGCUAUCGGGCUAGUGAUUUUUGUUCUUAACUUGCCCGACGGGCAAGUGCUGUUUUUUGGGGAAAUUUAACUUACAGAAAGAUUGUAAUCAAUCCUGCUAAUCAAAAAGGGUUUGGGGGCUAGUGGAAAUGACUUGUGGGCUAGUACAUGCUAGCUACAGCUUGCCCGAAUGGCAGGCUGUAAAACUGACUUUCUUUGCACCCUGGAUUAUAAAAACAAAAUUCUCCUAAAAUCGUUGUCGUUGUUGGCUGGCACUGGUGACGUAGAUACAGUUGACAAGGCCUACUGCCUCAAAGUUAGCUUGUUAUACAUUAAUUUCCUGUUAUGUGGAAGGCAAGUACAGGAAAAAUACAUCAGUUUAUGGUGCAAAACAUGGAAUGGGCCUCGUCAUAUAUUUGGUGUGAUUUUCUUGCCAGGUCUUGUUGGUACAGCCAAGAAAUGGGAGCAAUUCAACCGCCUUCCUUCGCCGAUCACAGUGCGAGAGGCGUUGACUCGUUACCUUGAUAUUACAACCGUCCCAUCUCCUCAGUUCAUUAAAUUCCUUGCCUUGAAGGUAAAUUUCUUCUUUUCUUACUAGGGAUUAGUAGAAUCAGGGUUUUAGACUACUCUCAAUCGGGAUCAGAGAUCAGUGAGAGGGCAAAGAAUUGCCAAGUUGCUCAAUAGAUUUCCUCUCCCUCAGCGUCAUAGUUGAGGUUAGAAUACACGUGCAGAAUAGCCCAACAAAAACUGCUGAGAAGGGAGUACACUGUCAGAAAUACGCUUGGGAGUUAAGUUCCAGGAGGGCAAUUCGGUGGAAAACAGUUGCUAAAGGGUGAGAAUGGAUGUCACAUCUUAUCCUUGAACGUUUGUUCAGUUGUAAUUUUUCGUUUUUGUACAGAGGAAGAAGUUUCGACACUGUUUUGUUUGGAUUUUCGGGAAGUCGACGUGGUUCUUUCUCCUACUAAGGUUCGCUUCUUUUUUAGCCUGCGAGCAAGCUGACAGCUCAAGGGUUAAGGUCACAGUGGUCAAAGAAACUACCCCGUUUCUGUCACAACCCCCCCCCCCCCCUCUCCCUUCUUUCAAAAUCACCAACUCACCGAAGUACAGAGCCUUCUGGUAGAAUACAUAUUUAAGCCCCAGAAUAUAGUUUUUUUGUGCCUAUUCAUUAAAGCUUAAAAGCGUUGAGCCACUAAUGCAAGUUUUUAUCAGUCCUUUUUUGUUUUAUUCAAAGCUUACGUUGUCAUUUUUUAUCUGCUAAAAAAGCAAUCCGAAUACUUAUGUAAUUUUCUAGGCCGCAGACAAAGAGGAUAAAGAUAAGCUGGAAGUCCUCAGUGAGGUGAGACUUUUGUACACUAAAUUUUACGUUGGUAGCUGAUCUUUAAGAGUAUGGGCUGACGCAAAGAUUUCAAUUUGCCGGGUGUAACCAAUUAGUAAGCCAGAAAUUGAACAGCUGGGAAGUUCUAUAUCCCGGGGGGGACUCCCAUAUAAACGUGACGGGGAUGCUCGUCGUCUCGCCUUGGGGUGUAAAUAGCAAAUUUUGGACACACUUAGAGUGUUUGAGAUGGAAAGUCACUUUAUGUGCCUAUUCAGGUAUGGGUUAGGACUGUGCAUAAAGAAAUUUACAAAAAAUGCCCUGACACUGACCGCACAGAAAUCUCCCUUAGAGUUCAGUUUAAGCUUGAGCCACACGUUGGUCUCCCAUAGGGGUUUAAUUGGAAUUUUCCGCCGAUCGUCACCGUCACUUUUUUACGGGAGUCCCCCUGGGUUUUGUAUGUUCCAUCUUCCUUUUGUUUCCUCUCAAAGUAGCCGGUGGGUAAUGUUCACAGUAGCCAGGGAGAAUCCCCGGCGCCCGGUCCUUAAAGAAAGCCCUAACACAAAGUUUUUGGAAAAGGGGUUGGCCAAUUAUAAAUUGACUAAACGUCUUUUUUUUUUUUUUCGUAAUGUCUUUCUUCACUCAGGGCAAUAACCGGUACGAAGACUGGAAGUUCGAAAACGAAUGCAACAUUCUUGACGUCCUUCAAGAUUUUCCUUCUGUUCAAGUAUCUGCUGAUCUUUUACUUACACAGCUACCGCUGUUACAGCCGGUAAGGAUGUUAAUCACACAGCAUAUUACUAGUGCGCAACAACAUCAAGAAUUUUGUAGCUAAAAAAUGUUUUGAGGGCAGGUUUUCGGAUUGGACUGCAAAAUAAACUGAAGUGACGUUCGCAAACUGAAACGUACAUCUUUACAUCCUUAAGUAAAUUUUGGUUUUACAUCAGGUACGUACCGUAAAUAACCUAAUUUACGCCUAGGGCGUCCAUUUAAUUUUAGGAGUCAAGCGGGAGCGUUAUUGGAUAGGAGGCGUUUAUUCUCAUUUUAUUCUCCCGUAACAAGCUCAACGAAACUAAUAUGUUUUCAGCGAAAAUAUCAAGAGUGUUUAAAAACAGCGGAAUAUCCAUUCCAUCAAUUGGCUGCCUAGAGAUCAUAUCGCUCUUUCGAAUCCCAAAAACGAUGUCAGAAUCCUCACUCAGGGUUAUUGUGUUGCCAUCGGUAGUCUAUCCUUACUGAAAAAUUGGCAUUAAAACAAGAUGAAAUACACAAAGCCUUGUUAAUCAAGCAAGGAACUGAAUGAAUGGAAUAAAUUUGCUCCUUUUUGCCAAUUCCUGGUAUUUUUGGGUAGUUUUUAUAAGGGGCGUCUAUUAUACAGGGACUGUUUAUUAGAUAGGAGACGUUUUUUGGAUGUGGGCGUUUAUUAGGUCAUUUAUGGCAUUAGUAAAACGUUAUUGGGGCUAGGGAUGUUAUUUCGCGUAUUUUUGCUUCGUGUGUGAAAACUGGCUCUUAGUAUCGUACAGCUACAAUCUUCCCUGUUGUAACGCGCGGGUUUAUUGCAGUUUAUGGUCACUUGACGUCUACAACGAAACCGUUUCUUGCUAAACGUUCUUUAAUCUUCACCGGUCGACUUUGCAAAAACUGAACGUGGAGGGCUAUUGUUACCCCCCGAACGUUUGUCCCUAUUGCAAAUGAGCAGAGCGUGUUGAAAGUCACAUAGUGUUAGUUAAAAAUAGUUUAAGUGCGCACUUGCCCCUUCUUCAGAGCAAGAUUGUACUUGCGCACAGCACGUGACAAACAAUUAUUUUCCUAUCAACAGCGUUUUUACUCUAUCUCAUCGUCCCCAGACCUCUUUCCUGGUGAAGUUCAUCUCACUGUAGCAGUUGUUCAAUAUGUUAAAAGAGGUAAGCAGUUAACUGUAUAGCAAUGCGUUUCUUGGCACUGGUCAUAAUAAAGGUGCUGUUGUUGUUUUCUCUAUUGCCAGUGUAAUGGGGCAACUCGCUCAGACGAAACGAAGAGGUACCCAACUUUCUGGACUCUCUGGGUGUAACUAAUGCUUCUGUUACCAAACAAUUCUUCUUUAAACUUUUUUUUUUUUUUACUUUCAAGCAAAAUUUCACGAAGUUAUAUAGAAAGUUUUAAGGAUGAUUACGCAAGUUCCAAAGAUGAGCGCGGGUGGGAUUUUGUAGGGCAACAACUGCAAUCUACGCAAUCGUUUUGGUGAAUGCUGUUGUUUUUACUCCAUUUCAGGAGGUAAGGGACCCAUGCAUCACGGUGUCUGCUCAACCUGGUUGAACGGCUUGACAGCGGGAGAUGAAGUACCCUGUUACGUAAGACAGUAAGUAGUCAAUUCAUGUUAAACUCAGUUGUGUCUGAUGAAUGACGAAAAUGUGUUUACAGUCAAUACUGUACUGGCCCCAAGGGGCCAAAGUGGCGCGAGAAAGGGAGGCUCAGGAAUAAAAAAUGAUGUAAAAUAACUCCUGGUGACACGUCAAAACACAAGCAGGUAUUUGCUGUUGUGUUCUUUGUCAAAUCAGAGAGGGGAAAACGAAAGCAAGUACUCACAUUGGCUGCAUCUUGUUGGAUUUAACAUCAGUCAGAAUCUGGUUUCCCCAUGCGCCACUUCCACAUUUCCCAUAAUGCACCUUAUUUGCCCCCCAAAAUUUUGCUUAAGCAUUGUUUUCGAUUUCUCUUGGGACGGCUGUAAUACCCAGGAGAAAUGAAAAACAAAGGUUAUGCAAAAUUUGGGGGAGCAAAUAAGGUGCAUUAUGGGAAAUGUGGAAGUGGCGUAUAGCCUCACCCUUAGAUGGACAGCUAGUGAGAGGGAGUCUCUAGGUUUCUUGCCUGUGACUAGACCCCACACAAUAAUAAACCGCCAGUCAUAGAAGGACAAGCGGGCCUGAGCAUGUCCGACUUAAAAAGGUUCACGAUAUUCGAGACUUCAAUUGACAACACGACGUGUAAGUAUAAUUCCGUUCAGCGUGUCCAAACUCCAGUCGAUGUUACCGGGAAUAAUCUUGUUAACGCCCUGGUAGCCACUCAUUGUAACUCAGUGGCGGAUUCUGAGAUCCUCGAGUAAGUGGAGGGCAUCGUCUAGACCCUAAGAAAAAGGGCAGAGGGGGGAGCAGCCUCGAAAACAAUAAGCCAUUUCCGAGUUCCAAAAACCCACACUUUCAAAACGAGGCUUAAGAAAAUCUUGCUCGUGUUAAUAAACAAUUAUUAAGGUCCAGGUCAGUGUUAUCAGGCGAGCCGACGGCCGAGGCUGAUAACACUUACCAGACCUUGAUUAUUUAGGAUAUCACAAAAACCGAGUCUAAAAAUUGUUUUAUGAUACAUUGUUUUGAAGAAGGUAACGACAAACACACCGUCGCAAGGAACCUGAAUUGAUAUUGUUAUUGGAAAUGAUGCAUUGCGCACGCAACCUACAGAUUAGUCAGUUAUCUGCUAGCAGAUAACUAACUAAUCUGUAGGCUGCCCUGAUUUCCAAAAUUAGCCGUAGGCUCUUAGCCAAUAAGAAGACAGAUAGUGAGUACAAUUAAAAUAAUGAGUUUUUUUCACUUGGUUUCGCUUUGAAACAACGGCUUGGCGCAAUUCGGAAAUGGCCUACUUUUCUCAGUCCUGUGGGUGUCAAUUCGGCCUAAAAAUAAAGUGGGGUGCGGGCCCCCGAACCCCGUACCCUAGAUCUGCCAAUAAUAACAAUCAAGUAUUACGCUUUGAGGAUCAUUGUCUUGCCAUUCAGAUACUUAAACUCUUCAAAAUCACUUUUUUUGUACUGUUUGUUCUCUCUGUUCUUUGGUUCAGUCUUUGUUUAUUUGUUUUAUAGAGCGAAAACUUUCCAUAUGCCUGAAGACGGCACAGUUCCAAUCAUCAUGGUGGGACCUGGGACGGGUAUCGCUCCAUUUCGCAGCUUUUGGCAACAACGUCAGUUUGACGUCAUCAACAAACCUGCUCCGAAAGCAAAAACCCACGAUGUUACACCAGACUCAAGCCCCUUACCACGGCGCCGCGUGUCCUCUCCUGCAUUUAGCGGUAAUUCAUUAAACCCUUCAUCUAACAGAUGGGGAACGAUGGUUCUUUUUUUUGGAUGUAGAAAUUCAAAACAAGACUUCAUCUACAAGGAUGAGUUGGCAAAAGUCAAAGAUGACGGCGCGUUGACACAGGUUUUCCUAGCUCUUUCACGAGAACCCCAGCAGCCAAAGGUAAGGGUCAUGGCGCGGUUAUCCGUUGAUACACUAACGACCAUUUUUGGCUGGACGACCUCUAUAACCCGUAGCCUUAGUUAGACCCUGUUCAGAUAUGUUUUUGCAACCCUGUCCUGGGCUAGACACCAAUAUCCCAUCCCGGAAGUCCGCAGUUUGAUUCCUCGUCAACACUUUACUGGUCCAGGUAGAUUGUUGCAAAAUGAUAUCAUCUCUCUGGCCAAAGCUAAGAUAUUUCUGUUUUUAUACCCAAUCUCAGACUAAUGUGCUCGAAAACCAUGUUGUCAUCAUAUCAUCAUCAUCAUCAUCACCAUCGUCGUCAUCUUCACCACCAUUAUCCAAUUUUCGCUCUUCAGCUAAGUCGAUCAACGCUAAAAACUUCCUUCUCCAAUCUUUCCAAUCUCUAACGCGUAGGAAGAAACCAGGGAAAAGAAGAAUCGAGGGACUAUUUUAACCUGGCAAAAGUCACACGCAUAGCCUGAGUCAAAUCAGGCGUUUCUGGGGAAAAGGAGGAAGAGAGAACCGAAAAGGGGAGACAGACACAUGGGGGUCCCAAAUAGGUUUUUCGGGACCCCUGUUUUCCGUUAUUUGAAGCUCGGUAUUCGCGAUUGGAAAGCAAAAUCGGGGCGAGUUUCGGUAUUGAAAGUAUGCGUGCAAGGUGGGAUUGCACAAAUUUUGGGUCGGGAUUGCGGGAUUGAAGAACCUUAUUGGGGACCCUCCGACCUGUCCUCUUUUCUAACGUCUCAGGGAGGUCUGAUUCUCAGGCUAUACACGCACGACCUCUUGAUUAUAUUUCCACUUGGGAAAACUUUUCUUAGAGUUAUACGAAAUAAAAGGAAAACUUAUCGAAACUUUCCUGUAAUAGCUUCAAACCUGUAGUAAAGACCACUUUCCAGUGCAAUAUUCCUCAAUGUAAUAGCUUCGUUUUACUAGGAGUAACUCUACAGAGUGACGGGAAAUUCAAUGAGCAUGUAAGAACCAAGCUUGUCAAGGCAAACAAGUGUUUACACGUCCUACGAACAAUAAGAAAGGAACACUAUUCUCAGGCAGAGAUAGAUCACCUUUUUAUAUCUAUUGUUUUACCUAAUUUUAGCUAUGCGCUUUCAGUCUAUGAGGCAUCGGAAUCCGAUCUUACGGUUAUACAAAAUUUUUUAGACCGAUGCCAUAAACGCCGUUUUAUUUCAUUUCCAGUUUUUAUCAAGAAUCUUUUAAAUAAACAAGACCAAAACAUUUUAAAGAAAUUAAUAUCAACGGAUUGCCACCCACUAAAAGAUAUCAUUCCUGUCCAGAAGACGUAUGUACAUAAUCUUAGGAAAAAAGGCUGCGUACGCCCAAAAAUUAAUACAGAGCGUUUUAUGAACACCUUUGUAAACAGGUUGAUUUUUAAGCUCCAUUUAUUGUAAUGAUACACUUUUUUAAUAUAUACAUAUAUCGUAGAUAUUUUUAUCAUAGUUUUUAUCUUCUCUUAUUGUAACAUAAGAUAUGUAGUUUUAUCUUUUGGUGAAAUAAUGACUCAUUAUUAUUAUUUAUUAUUAUUUUCCUGAAAUAAGUGUGACUUACCAGUGUUAACAAUUAUGGGUUUUUUUCAAACGUACAGAAGUACGUUCAAGACGUGAUGAAAGAAGAGGCAUUUGACAUCUGUGAACAACUAUUGAGCCAGAAAGCCCACUUUUACGUGUGUGGUGAUGUUAAAAUGGCUGACGGUGUCUGUAAAACCCUGCAGGUAGUUAUUUGUACGUUUUUUGUUACUGAGAUAACUAUCACGAAGUAGCUUUCCAACUGUGGACGAUCUCACUUCAAUUUAAAUCACACAACGCGAUUAUAUGAAGUAUGUUGCCACCCUCUCAACCAAUCACAAACAAAAAAAAAAGUCUAGUAAUGUCUUGGUCGAAGGUGUUUUCACGCGCGUGGAUUCAAUUGUUUGCAGUGGCUGCGAUCUCUGAUAAUGUGAUUGGCUUAAGUUUGGCGCCACCUUCUCAACCAAUCCCAAACUAAAAAAAAAUAUAGUAGUAUCUUGGUCGUUUCCUGCGCUUGGCUCCAAUUGUGUGCAGUGGCUUCCAUCUCGGAUAAUGUUUGGUCGGUAACAACUACUACCUUACAUUACACAGCUGAUUUCCAAUUUCUCUCGGCCGUUUUAUCAAAGUUUGGCCUGGUCCUCAACUACGUGCACUCACCUGAAGUCAAAAAUGGCCGGCCAGACCAUUAAUAAUAGUCUUUUUAGAGAGUUUUCUUAAAAGCCCAUCUCUUCUGUCUGCGAAUACAACCGUUUCUCCUCGCUCCUCGCCGUUAGAGAGGUUUCGCAGAACGUUUCUGUUAAACGUUUCUAGUGGCGUGGAGCGAAGAGAGAUUGCAGUAUUCGCAGGCUAGCUCUUCCAAGACCGUUAAUAGAGAGAUCCAAUUACGUUUGUAGGCACUCCUUCAAGAAUACGCUGCCAUGUCUCACCAAGAGGCUCAAGAGACAAUUGACAAAUGGAAGGUAUUGUUGAACAAGUACAGCCCAAUUUCUCCUUGCAUGAUAAAACUCAUAGGUCACGAGGAUAGUCCCAGGGCUCGCACAGUCUUGAAAAGUCCUUUGAAUUUUAGGGGAAGUCCUUGAAAAGUCUUUGAAUUUCAGUGCAAGUCCGUGAAAAGUCCUUGAAUUUUUUUCAACUUUGAAUGUAGUGGCCUGGAAAGUGUUUUUUGAAGCUUUUUGGUUGACCAAGACAAAUAUUAAUCAUGGCUCAGAGAUUUUAAAGGUUAUUUACAUUAAGUGCACAAUAAUUAACUAUCAAUUUAAGACAAGUGAGCUGAAAAAUGUAGAGAAGUUGGUGAAGCAAACAGUUCAAGCCUUAAAGCCUUUUUAGAAUAGAAUGGGAAUGUGCAUUUUUGUACAAUCUGUGAAGUCACAUUCCUAGUAGGUGAUCCUCUAAAAAUCUAAUGUGGGCCUUCAGAAGUCCUUGAAAAGUCCCUAAAAAAGGUUACAAUUUUUUGCAUGAACCCUGAUAGAGCAAAUGAGUAUCAUUUGAUUUUGUUUGGGUUCAGAUGGUUACUUCAUUGGACGGUGACGUUAAGCAGUUGGCCUUGAAUCCUUCAUCCUUCCUCGUCAAUUGGAAGUGCACGUAAAAGAACCCACACGGCUAUUCAAAAGGUGGAUGGGUCCUUUAGCCCGGCCUGUGGUGUGGUCUUCUAUCUUUAGUGGGAAGAUGGGACUGUAACGAGCCCGCAGUAAUUCCCCUGCCAAGAAUAAAUUAAUGUAAUUACGAAAACUAUUACAGUUACUUUGGUGGUUAAACCACAUAUAUGAAAAAGAGAACACAGAUUUGAAAAAGAGAGCGUUUUGCAUAACAAGUCUAACGUGUUUUUCAGAGCGCUGGACGGUAUCAUGAAGAUAUAUUUGGAGUGACGCUAAAGACACGAGAAGUCACCACCCGCGUGCGAUCCGCGGCAAAAAGGUUUGUUACUAAGCUGCCGUUACUAUUAAUCUAAGAAACAAAAGCUUUGAUUGUCGAUAUGAGCGGGAUGUCAGGUUGUGUCAUGUGCCAAAAUAGGCCUAACUUUCUUACCAUGGUUCUGCUAAUAUACUCCUAUCAUGCUUACAUGUUUCUAGGUUUCAGACAAUUGUCAAUGUUUAUCUAUUAAAUAGUGUUUCAUUCGUCAAGUGAACAGUGUUAUCUGCUCAUUGAAUACCUAAAGUUUAGUCACUCUGCUGGAGCCCCACCCCCACCCCCGCUCUUCUUUCUCUCCAACCCUACCCCACCUUCUCUAAGUGGCAUAUUGUAUUCAUUCCUUCCUGCUUUCUGCCUUUUUUUCCUCUGUUUAGAUCAUGGGAGUAUUUCAGACGUCCGAUUUUAUCUAAAGUAAGUCAUAGACAUUAUUUGAUUAAGGCGGGGAGGGGGCGGGGAGGAAAUUGGCCUCCAAAUCAAACUUCCAGGAUGGGCGGGAAUAGGCACGGGUAACUUGUAGAUACUUAUAUAGCUGUGUUAGUAUAGGUAAUAGCAUGAUUAGUAGUGAUAUUUGGCAUAAAUACCAUGAGUGAUAUUUCAAAAUUGUUAUACGUAAUUUCACGAGCCGUUAGACAGUUUGGAAAUGUCACGAGUGGUAUUUAUGCCAAAUAUCACGUACAAAUCAUGCUAUUAUUUGUUUAUACUACUGCUGGCAAAAGGCUGUAAUUUUCACAUGUAGGUAUUUCAAAUUAAGCUGAAAUACCACUACUCUAAGCCAAUCAAAUUGCAGAAAUUUCUCAUGUAGUAGUAUAAGGACCCGAACCGUCUUACACAAGCUUUAUUUCUUGCCGUAUUUGUUGUAGAGGCUAAGUAAAGUUUAUUCUUGGUUUAAACAGAAGUACCAAAGUCUUAAAGCCGUCAGUGAGAUGGAGGAUGGUGCAGCCAGUGUAAGUGAAUAUCAAAGACAAAUACAUUUUUGAUGAAAAUCGCAAAAUAGUGCGGUUAUAUUUUGCUAUAUAAUACUAGAGACCUUUAGAUUUUAACACGAGGACGACCGCGACAACGAGAUUUUCUCAAUACUUGGCUAGUGAGUUCGCGUGAACCAACAUCAUUUUGGUGGGAAAACGCUGGUUCUAGCGAAAAUGUCUCAAGUUAUCAAAUGUUAGAAGUGUUAUCAUUUUGCGAUCGGGAGAGGGCAUAAAAAAACCGUGUUAACUUUUGGGAGUAAAAAGUAAACGGAAUCUUUUCGCCGCGAGUGUUUAUUUUUUAGAACACUCGAAAAAAAAACUUAAAGUCAAAUCUCGUGCCCGUAAUCGUCCUCAUCCUCGAGACUAGGGGACCGGUCAUUAUUUAUCGUUGCUGGAGGGGGGAGGAACCGAGGAUUUUAAGCUAAAGAAGGUGAAAUUUAGCCGAUUCCCCUUUGAAUGUUACUUCACUAAAGUGAACCCCCCUAAUAACUUUUGACGACUUCCGCGAUCCCCCCCGCCAUGUCUUCGUUUUCCAAGCAAAUUUGAGUGCUUCCACCCCCUCUGAAUCCUUUCAAAGUUUUCAGUGAUCCCGCCUUUUCGGUUCUCAGUUACGCCCGCUCCCCCCUCUUGUCCUCCUAAUAAUCAAGAACUCCCCCUUACAACCCUCCCCCGCACCCCCCCCCCCCCCCCCCCCCCCCCCCCCCCGCCGACCCCGGAAUCUAGUAAAACCCCGUCNCCCCCCCCCCCCCCCCCCCCCGGCGAUAAAUAAUGACCGGUCCCUAAAGGUCUCUACGUACUAGCGGCUUUUCAGUGAAUCAAUUAGAAGCAACUCUUUCCAUUUCCAUCGACUGUUAGUCAGCAAUCUGCCGCGAUAGAAAUCUCAAAUCCACCUUCUAUUUGAAGAAUACUACUAUGAAUACAUGAGGGGGUCUCGUUUGUUAUACGUCUAAAAUCCUGCAAAUUAUUCUCUUUGCAGACGACGAAACAGGGAUCUCCUCAGUUUGUUAG